AUGAAACUUCACAUUGAACAUGAUAACAGUGGCCAAUCAUCAGGAUGGUUCCUUGAUAAAAUUGUUGUCACAGAUCUUUUUGAACCAAAAACACAAUACGUAGCAACAUGUAAUCAAUGGUUAGCUAAAGAUGAAGGGGAUCGAGAAAUAUCUCGCGACCUUACAUUGCAUAAGCAACAGAGCACGACACAAAAAAGUAAUUAUUACAAAAUAACAGUUUAUACAGGAAACAAAUCAGGUGCUGGUACCGAUUCCGACGUAUUCAUCACACUUUAUGGGAAGUUAGGUGAAACAGGACCAACAAAACUUGCCAAUCAAGAAAAUAAUUUCGAAGCUGGAAAAAAAGAUGAGUUCACCAUUGAAUGUCAAAACAUCGGCGAAUUAAAUCAAAUUCUCAUUGCGCAUAAUAACAAAGGUCUCUCAUCAGGUUGGUUCCUUGAUCGGAUACUGAUUGAGGACACACAGGAUCAUCGUACUUAUGAGUUUCCAUGUAACCGCUGGCUGGCUAAAGACGAAGAUGAUAAACAAAUAGCUCGUUAUCUUGUGCCAAGACAAAAAGUAAGAAACAAUCUAUACAAAGUGACAGUUUUCACCGGAAACAAAAGUGGUGCUGGAACCGAUUCCGACGUAUUCAUCACACUUUAUGGGAAGUUAGGUGAAACAGGACCAACAAAACUUGCCAAUCAAGAAAAUAAUUUCGAAGCUGGAAAAAAAGAUGAGUUCACCAUUGAAUGUCAAAACAUCGGCGAAUUAAAUCAAAUUCUCAUUGCGCAUAAUAACAAAGGUCUCUCAUCAGGUUGGUUCCUUGAUCGGAUACUGAUUGAGGACACACAGGAUCAUCGUACUUAUGAGUUUCCAUGUAACCGCUGGCUGGCUAAAGACGAAGAUGAUAAACAAAUAGCUCGUUAUCUUGUGCCAAGACAAAAAGUAAGAAACAAUCUAUACAAAGUGACAGUUUUCACCGGAAACAAAAGUGGUGCUGGAACCGAUGCUGAUGUAUUCAUUACUCUUUUCGGCAAUCAAGGACAGACCGGUCAGACUAAACUUGAUAACAAAACAGAUGCUUUCGAAGCUGGAAAGAAAGACGAAUUCACAGUUGAAUGUCCGGCGGUUGGUGAAAUCAAUAAGAUUCUGAUUGAGCAUAAUAACAAAGGUCUCUCAUCAGGUUGGUUCCUUGAUCGGAUACUGAUUGAGGACACACAGGAUCAUCGUACUUAUGAAUUUCCAUGUAACCGCUGGCUGGCUAAAGACGAAGAUGAUAAACAAAUAGCUCGGUACCUUCUUCCGAAAGGAGCAAUGUUUGCGGAAAAAGAACUCGCAGAUGGUGUCUGCUAUUAUAUAUCUGUGUUUACUGGCGAUAAAAAAAAUGCGGGUACAGAUGCAAUAGUUUCUGUAGUGAUGCAUGGAAAAGAUUCGUCCUCAGAGCAAAUUAUUUUGAGUGAUGGGAAAUUUGAAAAUAACUCAGUGGAUAAAUUUACAAUUAACGCUCCGAAAGAGCUAAGUGCGUUAACGGCACUGGAUAUACGACACAAUAAUACUGGUGUUAGACGUGGAUGGUAUCUUGAAAAGGUUGUUGUUGAUUGUCCAAGUACCGGUAUUAAGCAAACAUUUCCAUGCAAUAAUUGGUUAGCUGACUAUGAAGGUGAUAGACGUAUUGAGCGUCGAUUAAAAGAAGAUUUAUCAUUACGCAAAACUUAUCCACCAGCUGUUCCAUGGUACGUAUGGGUACACACAAGUGAUAAGAAAGGGGCUGGUACAAAUGCGCAAGUUAUUCUUGUUCUUUAUGGCCAUGGUGGGAAAUCAGCAAAUAUUAAAUUAGAACGAAAUUCAGAUGCAUUACAGCAAGGUCAUUGUGAUCAAUUUAAAGUUGAUAUAAAUGAUGUUGGUAUACCAUAUAAAUUACGUGCCAGUCUUAACAGCAAACAUUCAUCUCAUUCAUGGCAUCUUGAUAGAAUCGAAAUGGAAAACCUUAAAACAAAAGAACACUAUCGAUUCUUUUGUGGUAGAUGGUUAUCGAAAAUAGAGGAUGACAAACAAAUCAUUCGAGAAUUACCAGCACAAGGCCCAGGCAUACCAAAACCUUUGCCAAUUGUUACAUAUAUAGUUGAUAUAUUUACUGGAAAUAAACCUAAAGCUGGAACUGAUGCAAAUGCUUUUAUUAAUAUAUAUGGCGAAUUGGGUGAUACAGGAGCACGCCCAUUGGAGUAUUCAUUACAAAAUAAAAAUAAAUUUGAAAGAGAACAAGUUGAUAGAUUUAUUAUUGACGCUGUUUUAUUAAACAAAAUACGAAAAAUUCGAAUCGGUCAUGAUAACACUGGAGCAAAUCCAAGCUGGUACUUAGAUAAAGUUGUUAUCUAUCAAGAAGAUCAAAGUUACGGACCAUUAACAUUUAUCUGUGAUAGAUGGCUUGCUGUGAAUGAAGAUGACGGACAGAUCGUUCGUGAGCUCACACUAGCAACAGAUUUACAUAAUACAACAUAUCAUGUAAAAAUAAAAACUGGUGAUGAUUUGCAAGCUGGUACUACUGCUGAUAUACAUUUACAAAUAUUUGGUGAGAAAGCUGAAACAGAUAAAAUGCAAUAUACAUCUGUUAAUAAUUCAAUUCGUACAUCUCAACCUGGACAAUUCGCUGGUUUUACUUUUCAAUAUCGUGAUCUUGGCAAAAUUGAACACAUACGAAUUGGACACAAUGGAAAAAUAUCUGGUAAAGGAUGGUUUCUUGAUUGGAUUGAAAUAGAUGUACCACAUCGUCGAGAAAUAUAUAGAUUCGCCUGUCAUCGUUGGUUGGAUACAAGAUUAGGUGACGACGGAGUCGAGCAUGAUUUUAAACCAACUGAAAUAAUAAAAACAAUUAUCCCUUAUGAAAUAACCGUUUUUACUGGUGACAAAGUAGGCGCCACUACUAAUGCGAAAAUAUUGAUUCAAAUAUAUGGUUUACGUGGUAAAACCGAUGAAAUUCUUCUGGAAAAUAAGUUCGAUACAUUUGAAAGAAACUCGAUUGAUAAAUUUGUAAUUGAAGCUCCAAACGUAGGAAAAAUUGAAAAAAUUCGAAUUCGUCAUAACUCAGAAAAAAUACCUUCAGCAUGGUAUCUGGAAAAAGUCCUUAUUCAACAAUAUUUAAGUGAACCAUUUUAUACAAGAGACAGAAAAUCUGAUCCAAACGUGGAAGAAUAUUGUUUUAUUUGUCAGCAAUGGUUUGGAAAAGAUCAAGUUGGUAAAGAGACGAUUCGAGAAUUUUCACCUGAUAGUGGAUUUGGAAAUAUGUUAUACGAUGCGAAAGGCAUAAAUUACCUUGUACAUGUUUUAACUGGUGAUCAAGGUAGCACUGGCACAUCAGCAAAUGUUUCUAUUCGUUUAAUUGGUUCUAAAGGUCAAAAAACACGUCUAAUACCAUUGGAAGUAAUGCAACAUCGGCGUUUUGAACCAGGAAAUGUUGAAACAUUUCUAUUGGAGGAACCUGAUAUUGGUGACGUAGCAAUGGUUGAAGUUCAGCAUGAUGGUGACACUCUAGGUGAUAGUUGGUUUCUUGAUGGUCUAAUUGUUGAAAUACCAGCGCAAGAGCGAACAUUUUACUUUGUUUGUAAUGAAUGGUUAUCAAAAUAUAAAGGAGAUCGAAGAACGAAACGUUUACUUAAAGCACAAGAUUUAAUUAAUCCAUCAUUAAGUUCAUUAAUUCCAUAUGUAGUAAACAUUCACACAGGGCACAUUCAAACGGCUGGUUGUGAUUGUGAUGUUAGUUUGAAAUUAUUUGGUACAACUGGUUCUUCUUCAGAACAUAUUUUUAAAAAACGCGAAGGAAAUUUCGAACGAUCAGCUAUUGAUAUAUUUCAGUGUGAAUUAGAAGAUAUUGGUAAACCAAUUAAAUUACGUGUGAGAAUUUUACCAAAAUCUAUACAAGGUCGAAAUAGAUGGUUUUUGGGAAAAAUUCAACUUAUUAAACAUAUUAAACAAAAUAUAAAAGAAGAAACAUAUUCUUUUGAGUUUAAUGAUUGGAUAUCCCAUGAAGCCUAUCCAUAUUUUGAUAUUCUUAUAAAGGGAAGUAUAGAAUCAUCAAUGGAUCAAACAACUUAUCGUGUAAUAACUAAAACCAGCAAUUUAAUCGAUGCAAGUUGUGAUGCUAAUGUGUUUAUUAUGAUUUUAGGUAAAAAUGGUGAUAGUGGCCAAUUAGCAUUAAAAAAUUCAUCAGCAUUCGUUAAUAAAUUUGAACGUGGUCAUGAAGAUAUAUUUACAUUUGAAAGCAUUUUAAAUUUAGGUCCAUUAAAUAAAUUACUGAUAUGGCAUGAUGAUUCAUCGGUACUAAAAAGUGCUUGGCAUUUAGAAUAUGUGCGGGUUGACGAUAUAAAAGCAGGACAAACAUAUAUAUUUCCAUGUAAUAAAUGGUUGUCAACGAAAAAAGAUGAUGGACAAAUUGUACGGAUAUUAGUUUGCAGUAAUCAGUUAGAUUACGUAAUUGGAGGUCAUGCACACAUAACGAAUGGACUGAUUCCAUAUAAAAUAGAAGUUUCUACGUCGGAUCAGCCAAAUUCUGGAACAACAGAAAAUGACUGGAUUAUUGUUGAAGGAAAUAACAACAGAUCAGAGAAAAUAUUUUUCAAAAAUACAAUCGAUAAUAAAACUCUACGACGUGGGCAACCGGAUACGUUUACCUUCGAGUGUCAACCUCUCGGUGAAGUACGCCGUAUUAUUGUGGGUCAUCAAGGAAAACGCGAACGUCCAUUUGAAAAAUAUAACGAUGGUGACGCUAGUUGGUAUGUUUCGCAUAUUACUAUAACUGAUUCAUCUGCAGGCAUCAAAUAUGAAUUUCCAGUCCAGAAAUGGAUUACUAUUAAUAAUGAAGGUGAUGUUUUUGAUUGUGCUACCAGAAACGAAAAUUCUAUUGAACAACAACCUCAUCGCCGUAAAAUAAAUUACAAAAUUAUUGUUCAUACUGAUUCUACAUCAGGUCCCAGUACAGAUGCUAAUGUGUCAAUUAUAAUUUUUGGUACUCUUGGUAAUACUGGUAGUUUACAGUUAAAACAGCCGGGCCAACGUUCAUUUCAACGUGGUGGUGUUGAUGAAUUCAUCUUUAAAUGUUUAGAAUUAGGAAAGUUAAAAAAACUACAUAUUAAACAUCGUAAUUCUGCAGUGUCAUCUGAUUGGUUUCUUGAUAAAAUUGAAGUGAUUAAUAUGGAUACAAAUGAAAAGGUAGCGUUUCCAUGUAAACAACGUCUUGGAAGAAAGCAUGAAGAUUAUGAAGUUCAACUUGAUUUAACACCCAUUUGA